ACGAGUUGGCUACAAUUACAAAUCAAAGAGGUGAUCGAACUUUCUUUUUUAUAAUUAUCUAAUGUCUUCCCAAUUAAACUUCCACUUCAUGAAUGUUGGCAUUAUAAGUACCCUACUUCUCCAUUUCUUCUGUCUCAAGCUCACAUCCUCUACUCCUAAAUCUCUUUCCUCUUCCUAACAAAAAGUUUUGUUUUACUAGAACAAAUUAGAAACAAGAGAAAAUGAGGAGCAUACCCCCCACAAUGCUAAACACACACCCCAACACAAGUUCUCUAUGGCACACUCCAAUCCCAUAUCUCUUUGGAGGACUAGCUGCCAUUAUGGGUCUCAUAGCAUUGGCAUUGUUGGCACUAACUUGCUCUUAUUGUAGGAACAACAGCCAAGAUGAUGAUGACUUGGACAACAAAGAAAGUGACCCUCAAACUAAAGAACCCAUCAAGGUCUACGAAGAGAAAAUCCUAGUCAUUAUGGCUGGGAAUAAGAAACCAACAUUCUUGGCUACUCCUACACUUUUGUACAUCAUUGACAAAGAAAAUGACAACCUUGUACUUGUUCAAGAAAAUGAAGGUUCUUGCUCUUCACAACAUAGGCAGUGAAUUUGUUUUACUAAGUUGUUGGUAAAGUCAUGUGGUAUAUACUAGAUACUAGUGGUAGAUAGUUGGACCCUUCACAUGUGUUAGCCAAAAUCUCAAAAGUUGAAUUAAUCUAACAUCUAAGUGAUGAUCGGGUGAAUCUUUUAUUUUUCUUC